GGCAGGGGGAGGAGGCAGCGGCGGGGGAGAAUAAAGGCGAAGCACGCGCGCGCGCCCCCCUUCCGUCCUUGCGCGCGCGCGCCUUCUGGGAACGAGGAGGAGGUUGUCUGCCGCCGCCGCCACCGCCGCCGCUGGUUCUUUUCCUACUACACCGUCCGCUUCCUUUCUCCCUCGACCGGCGUGUCUUCUCAUCCCCCGGGCUGAGCGAACGUGUGAACGACGAUGGCGGCCGCCGGGGCUCUGGCCAAGCACGAGCAGAUCCUGGUCCUCGAUCCGCCCACCGACCUCAAAUUCAAAGGUCCCUUCACAGAUGUAGUCACCACAAAUCUUAAACUACGAAAUCCAUCUGACAGAAAAGUAUGUUUUAAAGUGAAAACUACAGCACCUCGUCGAUACUGCGUGAGGCCAAACAGUGGAAUUAUUGAACCAGGAUCAUCUGUAACUGUGUCAGUGAUGUUACAGCCCUUUGAUUAUGAUCCAAAUGAGAAGAGUAAACACAAGUUUAUGGUACAGACAAUCUUUGCACCACCAAACAUUACAGAUAUGGAAGUUGUGUGGAAGGAGGCAAAACCUGAUGAAUUAAUGGACUCCAAAUUGAGAUGUGUAUUUGAAAUGCCUAAUGAAAAUGAUAAGAUGAAUGACAUAGACUCAAGCAAAUCUGCUCCGGUACUGAAUACAGCUAAACAAGAUGGUCCCAUGCCGAAACCACACAGCAUUUCACUUAAUGACACUGAAACAAGGAAACUAGUAGAAGAAUGCAAAAGACUUCAGGCAGAUGUGAUGAAACUGACGGAUGAGAAUAGACACCUGAGAGAUGAAGGUUUGAGGCUGAGAAAGGUGGCGCACUCGGAUAAAUCUGGACCAUCAGGCUUGGCUCUCCGAGAUAAUGGCUCUAAUCCUCUUCCCUCGCUUCUUGUUGUAAUUGCAGCCGUUUUCAUUGGAUUCUUUUUAGGGAAAUUCAUCUUGUAGAGAGGGAAAAAGAGAGCGAAGCAUGCAGAUUGCAGCUUCCUAUAUUCUUCUUGGCCAGGAAAAAAAAAGUAUUUACCUACCACUUCAUUGGUAGUAUGGCCCAAAUGACCAUUUUUGUGUACAGCAUCAUACAGGCUUUGCCUCUAAUGAUCUUGCACGGUUAGACAAUAAGAAAAGACAGACAGUUUGGCUGCUGGACAAAAAAAAUAUGUAUAUACAUCAAUAGCAGGUGUCAGUUGCACAUUCAGUCCUUUAUGAAAAGUCAUAAAUAAAGAAUUGUUCUUUCUUUCUGUGGUUUUAAUAAGAGUUCAAAAAUUGUUCAAAGUCUUGUAAAUGUUAUUUUAAUAAUCCUUCUAAAAUUUUAUCUGUUGCUCUUGCCUCUGGGAAAAUGAUUAUUAGAAUGUUAAUCCCCACUUGUUCAAGAAUAUGGUGAGGUGAUCUGUGAGGGAAUGGUUCCUCUCACUGUGUAAAUUUUCUCCUUUACCUUACUUUGCUAAUAUCAUGGCAGAAUUUCUGACCCCUUAUGAGACAGUUGAAAAAGUUUUUCAUCCCUACGGCCCUGUCCCAUGGUAUUUAACAUACAAAAAAAAUUAAUAAAACUGUUAACAGACUUCCUGCUGGGUAGCUUGUUUGUGUGACUGGUGCUUUUAGAAAGGUUUUUCUAACAAGUUCUGACAUAACUUGCUUCUUGUCACAGAUGAACGUUGCUCAGUUCAUGAGCCUUGGCUUCAUCUGGUGCCAGCUAAACUUAGGAAGAAGUAUACUGUUUAACAAGGAAAGCAAAGAUAUCUGGCUGUUUAGAAGAAUGAAAGAUCAGAAUUAGAUUUCUGUUUGGACGUGGGGCUAAUUCUGAGAAGCAGAUAUUUAAAAUGUGGCUCUUAAAAUACUGCUGGGCUUCAUGGGUAUUGACUUGGCUAUAUAGUGUUUCAUGGUCCUUUGUAUUUCUUGAGUUUCCAGCAGUUCCUUAAAUGACCAGAAAUCUGUUGUUCAAAUUUUAGUCCAGAUGUUCCUUAGAUAGAAUUGCAUUUUUACAUUUCAAAUCAUCUUUUUUUUUGUUUCAAUGCCCUAUAUUCUGCCAUGCAGUGAAGCUGAUAGGCUGAGCAAGCUACGAGCAUUUAUUUUGUGAAAGGAAAACAAAAACUUUGCCCAGCAAAUGUCUUGGCAUAGUGGCCCAUUAGCUAUGCACACCUUUUGUAUUUUAGAAAAUUCAUUUUAUUACUGGGUCAGAACUGCUUUUCUGCUCUUAAUCCUCUGACUCAUCUACUUUCUGGUCUUCAUGUCAUUAAGUAUAUAUUUUUGACGGCACAAUGCAGCUAUUCUUAAUCUUUGUCCAUCAUAAGGAAUUAUUUUACAACUAAUAUUUGGAAGGCUUAUUCCUGUAAGCAAAAUUUUGUAUAUUCUUGGAAAGCUUGACUGGAUAUGAUGCAGCUAAGCGUGUUAGAUAUUAUAUAGCUGAGAAAUGUUCUAGCAAAAAUAUACAUAAUCUUGGUUGCCUUUGAUUUCUAGUGCUUUUUUAAUGGAAGAUGUAUUUACAUCAUGUACUGUCACUGCUCUCUGUGGUAAACUUUUAUAAAACAUCUUGCAAAUUGCAAACAAGACAAUGAACAAACCACUGCUUGAUGUUUCACUUGAAAGCAUGCAAAUACAGACAUUUCCUUUUUGUGUGUUCCGGUAUCUGCAUUCAAGUCUUCUCUGACCCUAGUGACUGGAAGAAGUUUGCUGAAGUCUGGUUCUUAAUUCAUCGGUUCUCGAACUAAUAAGACUCUUCAUGCUGUGGUGUAUAAAUGGUACGUCAGAAGAAACCAUAAACCUAUUCCUUACAGGAAGUUGAUCCUUGGAAGAUUAAAGGAAAAAAAGACUAAUAUACAGGCUGUAACUUCUCUAGAUACAUUUGGAUAUUUCUUUUGCGGAUCAGGAAAACUUCAGAGAUAUGUUUAUUGUUAAAACUAGUGUAUAUAAAGGCUAGUAAUAACAGAUAUGUAUUUUAGGCCUAUAGAGCAGGAAGAAUUUAUCCAGGCGAGGCUUGGAUGCUUGGCAGUGGGAAAUAUACCAAUGUGGGAAUGAUCUCAUGCCCCAAAAAUUACAUUCCAAAGUCUAAAUUCUGAUUACCAAUAGUUAUAAAUAGAAAACAAUGAUCAGUUAUGAGGAUCUGAUUAGGCCAGGCGAUAAACUCCAGAGUUGUUGGAUGAGUCAGUGCACAUUUGGAAGUCAUGACCGGACUAGGUACAGCGGGGUGCUCCUUGUAUGGAUGCACUUCUGGUUUCUAAUAAUCCCUUCAUAACUGUAUAUAAAAUGUAAUGCUAAACUAUUUUGCUCUCAGGAGUGAUUUUGGAUGAUAUCAACUGUAUUCAGUGAAAUUAUGUAAUAUGGAUUAAAUUGUCUGUUCCUGAAA